UUUGACUUUUGACACGACACAUGCGCUAUGGUUGUCCUAUGAAAAGAAAAGUGCACUAUAAGUGGGAUUUGUCACUAGAUUGCAAGUACAAAAUCAUAUAAAAAAUUUAUACCGAUUCGUGUUUUAGUUAGUUUUCCAGUGUUAAGUUGAACAAUGUCCAAACAGGAGCAAAUACUGCAAAUAGAGCCCCAAAAUGAACUCAGAUUCAAAGGUCCUUUCAACGUUCCUGUCACUUCCUACAUGAAACUGACCAACCCCUCCGAUAAGAAGGUAUUGUUCAAGAUAAAAACUACAGCUCCGAAAAAGUAUUGCGUUCGUCCCAACUCGGGAGUUCUAGACGCCAAUAGUAAUACUGAGAUAGCAAUAUGUCUUCAACCAUUCCUGUUCGACCCGGCCGAGAAGAACAAACACAAAUUCAUGGUGCAGACGGUGUUUGCACCCGAAGGCGAAAUCAACCUUGAACAGCUGUGGAAGGAGAUAACGCCGGAGCAGCUGAUGGACUCGAAGCUGAAGUGCGUAUUUGAGAUGCCUCCGGAGCAUACUGAAAUUUCUGGUUCCGAUGACACUGCAAAAUUCAGCCCCAAAACGGCAGCCCCAGUCUUACCGACUAACUCUGCAGACUCGGAAUUACAGAAGGCUGCCCAAGAGGUUCAACAACUGAGGGAAGAAGAGAGCCAGCUGAGGCAAGAGAACCUGCUGCUCAAAGAAGAGAUCCUCCAACUAAAACAGCAAGUGGGCGUAGCUCGGGCGGCCCCGACCAACAGAUACGCCCCCCCUGUUCAGGAUCAGAACGUUCCGAUGGUGUACUUAGCCAUGGCGGUCAUCUUGGGCUUGAUAGGAAUAAUAUUGGGCAAGUUUGCACUCUGAAACAAUGGUCUUCAUAGAAAAGACUCGGUACGCGGAGCUUCAGCAAUAGCGUGCCCUGAACACCAUUAUAAUGUAUAUUUAUUAUAAAGUUAUCCAUUGUCUACUGUAUAUUGAAACUGUUUACACUUUUUUCUUUCCGGGGAAGGGGUUGGGGUGGAUUGUUGUGCAAACGAUAGGCCUGGUUGCUGGUAGAAAACUGGGGGAGCGGAAAAACUGGGAUUUUUCGCAGCGCACGAAUCGAAACUUCCCAGGUGUCCAUUUGUGUAAUGCAGCCUACCAGGUGGCUUUUUUCUUGAUUAAGAAGCACGAACUCGGCAUUUUAUUUCCUUUUUUUAUUCUCAUAGUCGAUAGAAUAUGUGUAACGUCACUAUGUGUUAGGUUGACUUUUUCUACAGUGUGUUUCACAUAAUACUAUUUCGCUUUCUAUAUUCCUAUUUUCUUUAUAUAUCUAAUGUUUGUAGUGGUCCUGUGACGGAAGUAUUCUUUUUCGUUGUUUGUAAAUAAAAAUCUCGAUGCAUGUCUAGAAAUAUUGUUAUUCGAAACACCCUGUAUAUACUUUCCUUUGAGAGUGCUGUGACUUCGUUUUUCUGAAGAAUUUCCGGUUGCCUGUCCCUCUGAUGGUGUUACCGCUCUUUCGAGUUUUUCUUCACCGACUCUAACCCACUUCAUGCCUACUAAUAAAUAUAACUAUUGAGUUGUCGGCUCAAACUCGAUGUCGUCGAAAAGCAUAGAGUGAGCCGAAUUGAUAAUCGCAAGUGGAUUUCUAACCUCCAAAAUGCAUCACCCUUUGCCAAGUAGCUGGGACAUUUGACAGUCCGAACGGUAUGCGGUUGAUAUCAAUUUCUUCUUUUUUUAUGAUCGUAAAUGGAUGUGUAAUCACACUUGAUCAAUAUUAGGCUCUAAACACGCUAGAACGACAUUUAAAGCAGAAAUCUACGAACUUGAACAGUCUUCAACGGAACCGCAGAAGGAUCACAUUUUCAUUUUUAUGCCUCAAUAUUUAGGACACAAAUCCUGAAAGAUCAGCUUUGUGAGUCAAAAUUCUGCAAUUAAAACGUUGAAAUUUUGAGUUCGAUGUCGUUAAAUAAGUGAAUUUUGCGAUUGAAAUGUCAAUAUCGAAAUUUUAAUUUGUACAUCCUAAAUUUUGACUUUUAGCUUGAAAUUAUCCCUUUUUUGUUUCUGUACUCUUUAUUAAGUUGUUGGAGAAUUUGCUAGUUCUAAUAGUGUGUGACUCAACUGAAACAUGCCCUAAAUGUUCCUGUUUUCCUUGAAAUUCAUACUUGCAGUUUUGUCUCGGACUCCUACUACUGGCUAUUUCUAAAGCCCGGUAAAUCAAAUUUCACUCAGCCCUAUAUACUUCUGUUUUGAACUGAAUCAGUUUUGUUUUGAACUGAAUCAGUAGGGUUUUCAUUUAAAAAAUCCACUUCUACAUGUUUCUCAUUUUAUGGAAACGAUCGCUCGUAUGUAGAACAGGUCUAGAAGUCUCAGCAAAUCAUUUCAGACAUUUUCUUCAUACUUUUUAACGUGUUAAUUUUACUACGAGAUCCAUUCUAGUCGUAGAUUGCUUCUGCAACGUUGACUAUGUUUGGUCUGUGGUCCCGAGGGAAUUUUGUAGUGCAUUUAUGUGUUUCUUCAAAGCAAAACCCACAUUUUUUGUAGGUCUGAUCUAUUUGCAAUUCUUUUGUUUUUAUGUAAUGAAAAAAGGACACUGAAUGUUCGUCGGAAAGUUUUCUGGCGGCUGAUUUUAAUUUAUUAAAUGUGGUAAGGAACGUUAUUUUAAUCAUCAAUUUCGUUUGUAAGGGUAAAAUCACUUGCCAAGGCUUAUCCGUUAUUUAGAUAUUCACUUAUAGGUUAGGUAUUGUUGUUUCGGAAUCAUAACGAGUCAUUUUGGGUUUAAAGUGCAUCAGGAAAAACACGUAGCAAUAAACUCUCAAUUGUUUUACCGAGACAUCUACUCAGAACUUGUUCUUUUGUCUGGAUAAUCUUGCUUGAUUGCAGUUCAUAUGUUCUGCUGAUUUUUGUUAAACCAACUUGGAUCGUUCCGGAAUCGUCUGUGUGUUUUUCUUUAUCACUUACAGUUCAUCUGAUCAUCCAUUUUUUGAGGUGUUUUAGAGUGUAGAAGAGAGAAUUUGGCUUGAUGCAAAUUGUUUAUAUGUACGAUACUUUUAACACUUUGUAAUUUGUUGACGCUGUUAGCCUGGUGAGUGUAAUAUCUCUGAAUAAAGUAAUAUACUACAA